AAGAAAUCAACGAAAGAAGUAUGAAUGCCAAUGAAGAACGAUAGCAGCACUGUAAUUGUGAGGGUAAAUCGUAACCGUCUUCGGAAAUCGUUGCCUCAGUUACACUCGUCAUUUCAUCGCGAUAAGUUUAGGAAAACCAGAUCCAGCAGAAUGGCGACUAAGAAAUUGGGACUUGAUUAUAUAAAAAAUUUGGCCGAUUACGCUACCGGUAAACAAGGCUUCGACCGGGUUUUGAGAAUGAUCAAAUUGACGGAAGGCGGCGAUGGCCAUUGCUUAGGAGAGUUCACGGUGCAGAAGGAGCAUCUAAAUCGCGAUGGAGUAAUGCACGGCGGUCUUACGGGCACCAUUGUAGACAAUGUCACCUCAUAUGCCAUGAUCUCCAAGGGAAAGCAUCCCGGUGUAACUGCUAACCUGAGCGUGAGCUAUGUAACGCCAGCUAAUCUAGGAGAUGUCCUUGAAGUGGAAGCCAAAACUGUGAGGGCCGGAAAUAAAAUGGCCUAUUUAGAUCUGGUUAUCAGGCGGAAAUCGGAUGGAAGGGUCAUUGCCAAGGGGGGGCAGGUCAAGUACAUUCAGUUUGAUAAAAAAAAGUUGGAUUUCUAAAUUAAAACAUAAACUGUUAUCAAAUUAAAAUAGCUCUUGCUUCCAUGGAAUAUA